UUCACACAGAACCUGGGCCUCAUCUUUACCAGCUGCCGUGUCAGAAUCCUCCUUCUCACCUAGAUCCCUCACCCAGAUCUUCCCACCCCUCCAUCUUCAGCCAUGGCGUCCAACGACAUUGGCGCCUCCAAGGACAUUUCGUCCACCGCCGAUGGCCUGCAGAAGCGCUCCGUGGCCGAGGUGGAACGACCCUCGGUUGAUUUGGAAAAGCCCACCGUGCACUCGGAGCGAGUCGAUAAGGAACUCGCCGCGUACGCCUCCGAUGUCCGCGUGAAUAUCUCGCCGGAGCGCAAUGUCGAGCUUCGCAGGAUGAUCGAUAAGCGAGUCUUGGCUGUCAUGAUCGCGACAUACUUCCUCCAAGCCAUCGAUAAGGGCACACUGUCGUUCUCGUCCAUCAUGGGCCUGCCCAAGGACACUGGCAUGGUCGACGCGAAUGAUAAGGUGACCCAGUCGUACUCGUGGUUGACCACCUGUAUUUACAUUGCCAUCCUGGUCGUCGAGUACCCCCAAAAUUACAUCAUCGCCCGAGUCCCCAUCGCCAAGUAUCUUGGCUUCUCCAUCAUCGCUUGGGGUAGCGUCUUGGCCUGCCACGCCGCAUGCACAAACUUCACUGGUCUAGUCGUUGUACGAACAUUGCUCGGUAUCUUUGAGUCUGCUUGCCAGCCUGCCUUCGUUAUUCUCUCUGCCAUGUGGUAUCGCCGAGAGGAGCAGGCCGCUCGAGUCACCUACUGGUACAUGAUGAACGGAGCCCAGCAGAUCGUCGGCGGACUCCUGGCCUACUGCUUUUCCCUGAUCAAGACUGGACCUCUCAGGUCUUGGCAGUGGCUGUUCCUGACAUAUGGCAUUAUCUCGGUCAUCUUCGGCAUGUUCGUCUUGUGGUGGAUGCCCGAUAGUCCCAUGAGGGCCAAGUGCUUCACAGAGCAAGAGAAGCACGAGAUCAUCGAGCGUGUGCGCGACAACCAGACCGGCAUGCAGAACCGCGAGUUCAAGCGCGAGCAGUUCAUUGAGGGUCUCCUAGACCCCCAGGUCUGGGGAUACGCCCUGAUUGCCCUGUGCACCACUCUUCCCACCUCCGGACUCGGUGCCUUUGCCAACAUCAUCAUCAAGAACUUUGGCUUCUCCGUGCUUGAGACGCAGCUCCUCGCCAUGGUCUUGGGUUUCUACAUCAUCAUUGUGCUGCUCUCCUCAGUGUGGCUUGUCAAGAAGACCAACCAGAACCUCCUCGUCAUGCUGGGCUUCUGUAUCCCGUCUUUCAUUGGUACUAUUCUUCUCAUGACUGUCCCGAACGAGACCACGGCUCAGCACGUCGGCCUCCUCAUCAGCUACUACAUCACCCUGUCUUUCUGGUCCGCGCAGACCCUUGCGCUCUCCAUGAUCUCGCGAAACAUUGCUGGCCAGACCAAGAAGACUGUGGCUGUUGCUCUCAACUUCAUCAUCUGGGCUGCUGGAAAUGCCAUCGGACCCCAAGUUUUCCUCGCCUGGGACGGCCCGAAGUACUUUAUCGCCUUUGCCACCCAUCUUGGAUGCUACUCCCUCUUGGUUAUCAUUAUUAUCGCUCUGCGCUGGCACCUUCGUCGCGAGAACAUGAGACGUGAUGAAUUAGCCGCACAGGGCGUCGCUGAGGCCAGGGAUGAUGCCAUGAUCAGGGCUUGGGACGAUCUUACCGAUAAGGAGAACCUGAGCUUCCGAUACGUCUACUAAGUAGAAGUAGCUGAGUUGCGAGUCUGGUCUACAUGUCACGAUACGACUAGGGUUAUGUCAGAUACUUGUCACUUUGCGAGUUAUUUGGCAGAACAUGAUUGGAGUCAACGUAAUUUUAUUAAAUAG